GUAUUUUGCCUGAUUCUAAACCAUCAAUUAUUGAAACGGCAAUAGAAGAACAACAGAAUUUAGAAGAAAAUGAUAUAGAGAAUUUACAACAGGUUUUAAGUUUAGAAACUGCUAUAAAUAUAA